AGCCCCAGGGCAGGCAGGCAGUUUCUCUUGUGUUUACAUCUCCUGUAACAAGUGUAACCGCUCAAGCGUGGAAUGUUUCCAGACAGGGAACUGUUUCAUUCUCAGUCGCUUCUGACUCUGAUUCGUUGGAAAGGUCUUGAUUCUGCAGACAUAGAUCUAGAUAGAUUCUGCAUUUAAAUUGGCAGGGAGGUUGUUUGUUAUCCUGAAAUACUCUGGUAAUUUUCCAUUGAUGGAUGAAUAGAGGGUCACCAUGUCAUGUUGACCGCAUACCGACGACAGCAAACAGCCACACUCACGUCAAGAGAUCUGGAUCUUGACCCAGUUCAAACAAAUAAUAAAAAUCUAGAUCAAGGCCAGCAGGUGAUUCAGAUCGUUUGGACCGAGCCGUUUCCUUUAAACACUGCAUCAAGUUGGUGGAGAAACGGAUGAAGUCAUUCUCGGAAUAUCGCCCCAGCCUCAAGUAAGGGGGUCUCAGUAUCCAGGGCGUGACCCACCACUCCGUGCUGUGGCUCCAGAUCUCGGCGGUGGCGGACCCGCAGGAAGUGCAGGGAGUCCUUUGUCAGACAACAGCGAUUUUGCAGUUGAUGGCACCGGAGAGAUAGAAACAUCCGACAACGCCUCGGAGGUAGUUAUGCCAGGCACUCCUGAGCCUGUGACCUUGAUCAGGAGGAAACGUUUGUCUGUUAAAGACAAAUCUACACCAGACCCAGCGAGCCGAUCGUCGUCAUCGGAGGGAUCAGGUCAUGACAACAAGGCCGCCACACGACUGAACAUGAUACUGGGGCUGGUGAUCCCCGUCAGCUGCCUCCUCCUCAUUGUCCUCAUCAUCUUCAUCUCCUGCAAGCUCAACGACAGGUACCAGUGCAUCCGAUGUCAGGACCAGGACGGCUGCCUCUACAAGUGCGUGACCUUCUGCAACGACAAGUGCUGUGCUCCGUACAACAAGCCAGUGCAGGAGAAGCAGUAUGUGCGCGUUCACCUAAAAAAUGUGAUAUAAUAUGAUCCCUGGCUGAUGUGUAUGGUGUACCACUGUGUAUAUAUUGUGUGAAUAAGCUGUGUUUGGACAUGACAGUUCUGCUGCUGCUUCUUCGUCUUCAAGUGGCUGAUCUGAAACUUGACAUCGAAAGUCGUGUUUGAUACAGAAGAGUUAUGGUGCUAUCGGUACCUACUAGAUUUUAUGUUGUACUUCGAAAGUUUUGCACUUAAAGACCUAUUGGGAGGCAUUCAGCAGUUUGAGAGGUGGUUAGGUGUGUAGUGUGAUGAAAUGAAGUUUGGAAUUCUGGACAAGACAGUGAAGAAUGAAAGGACGACUGCUCGGUUACAUGAUGGUUGUUUAUUGACUGGCCGUUGUGAAGCUACUUACCAGAGCUGGAACUCUCUUUAUUUUAUCUGAAACAAAAGAUGUGUCACUUUGGUAAAAGGGAGAUUACUCGUAAAAUACUCGUGAUAUUCCUUUCAGUUAACCCCCGUUUGUAUCAAAUCAUGACACUUCUUCCUCCUUAAAAAUAUUACCAUCACUAAAAAAAAAAA